AUGGCCAUCCAAAAUAAUAAACCGAUAGUUCUAGCCCUUUCUCACGAUGUUUACACGUCUGAUCUGUGUUUGCACCAGGGUGACGGGGGAGGACCACUGGUCUGCGAGGACAGAGGACGCUGGUUCCAGGUCGGUAUAGUCAGUUUCGGCGUUGGCUGUGGCCGUGCAGACGUUCCAGGCGUCUAUACAAGAGUCAGCUUCUACCAGAAUUGGCUUCACGACGUGGUCAUUCAAAACAGGAGGAACAAAGCUUGACAUCCGAGUAUGUUUAGUUAUAAUUGUUGAGUAGCCGCUGGACUGCGAGAUAAAUUCCACGAAGUAAACCUGGAAAACAUUUAUCCUGCAAGCACUUCAAUAAGAAAUUUCAGUUCUCUGGUUUUAUAGUUAUAAACAGACUGUUGUUUUUAAACAUCGCAAUGCUGUUUCUUCAUAAAAUAACACUUUUCGUUCUCAGUAUUAGGAGUUGAUUUGUAGGAAGUGAAGGAAGUAAAACAGGGUGAAGUGUGUCUUCAUUCAUAUUCUACUGCAUAGGUACAUUGAUAAAAGGUUUAAGGUAAAUGCAGUUUGACUUCAGUGGACGUUCGGUAUCGUUCAUUAUAUCCAAAGGGCCUAGAGGGUGUGGGCUCUGCAUUAAGUGUGGAUCAGGCUUUUGCAAUUCGAUGACCAUUAAAUGCAAUAUCAUAUAUAUAUAUAUAUAUAUAUAUAUAUAUAUAUAUA